AUGGCCUCCUUCGUCGCCCGCCGCGCCUUCUCUACCACGGUCCGCCGCUUCACCCAGCAGGAGCAGGCUCAGGCCAAGCAGCAGCUCACCCAGGAGUCCAAGCGCAACCCCGAACUCAUCAUCCUCGGUGGUGUCAUGGUUGCUGCCCUUGGCGGUGCCGGCCUCUACUUCGGCCGCACCCCCACCUCCUCUACCUCCGAGAGCCCCGUCCUGAAGGCCGGUAUGCCCUGGGAGAACGACGGUGAGGGCAAGUACAAGUACCACCCCGGCGGCAACCCCAACAACGAGCCCAAGGAUGCUCCCAGCGCCGUCAACACCGUCAUCGUCCCUAACGUCACUCUCCCCAAGGAAUUGCACGACAAGUACAACAAGUGGGGCAAGGACGGCUACCCUUAA